CAGUUUUCAGUGGCUAUAAUUAUAAGCUAGUCUGUACUAAACUUGUGUAGAGGUAGUUAGAAGAGAUAGAUCUAAGAGAGUGCCUCAGACUAUAAUAUCUAAAAUGCUAGUCCAUUACGUCACUUAGCGUGGAGACACUGACUAGAGACGCUAGUAACUUGGAGCAACACCAUGAGCAGAGUUUAUCUUUCACAGUGCAUUCAAGAAGCUUUUCUGCUACCUAAACCUCUCGUGAAGAUUUCAAGUGCUUUUCCUACUCAAGAAAAUCGGUGUAAUGGCUUUAAUCAUGGCAACGUUUUUGCAGUCUCAAAGAGAAACAUCAGUGGACCCACAACCUUCAAGAUUCUGGGCUAAGCCAAAGAGCCUUAUCAGUGGCGUGUGGAAUUCAAUUUGUGGAAAAUUUUUGGGCCAAGGGACAAGCAUCCUUCUGUCUCGCCAAACAACGUUUAUCAAAGAAGACGUGUGUUCCACUGCUUGUUCCUCCAGUUGGUACUCUUGCCACAAUUCAAAGUGGGCACUAGAGAGCAGUUCCGACAAGGAGACAUGUGUGGAUAGGGUUUCCAAGAAGAGCCAUUUCAAGGAGAGCUGCGUUGACAACCUUCUUGACAGGUCUGUUGAUCAACAGACACAGAGUAGUGUGAAGAAGAGCUCAUCCAAGAAAAGGUGCCAGAUAAAGAGCAAGAAGAACAUUACUGUUCAGGGCAAACAACUGAAGCCUGCUACACUGCAGAAUUCUACUGUACUGGCUAGCCUCGAAGAGCAGGCGAAAGUCGCCAAACAAAAGAUAUUGGAGCAGUCCACUGGAGCUCCUUCCAAGAAAAGGAUCCGGAGGACAAAGAGCAAGAAAGUGCAGAAGCCAAUCUGUACAAUGAGUAUUCCCAAGAAGGAGGUCAGAGGCAGGAAGGAGAUCGGAUCAGGACAUGCAUGUGCUGUUAAGAAAUGAAACAUUGAGCAACUAAUCACAAUUGAACUAUGUACUUUGAUGACGUAGUUAUUGUACAAGUAGUCGUAUUAAUUAAGUUCAUGUAUCAUCGUUAUCAUUUUUGGUGACAAUAAUUAUAAAAAUCAUAAAAAAGA